UUGAUUUAGUUACAAACAAGAUGAAUCAAAUUUUUUAUUUCAUCUUUGCGUUAUUGGUCCCUUCUUCAAUAUCAUUAGACCCUAGUUACUGCACUGAACAAGGACAAGUGUGUUCAAGCUGCAAUGAAUUAGCAUACUGUUUAGAAUCACCUGAGGGGUUUGAAAUAGAUCAUAUGGGUUAUUGCGACGAAGGCAAGACUUGCUUACGUAGAGAUUGCACGGAGGAGAAAAAUCCUUUAUGCCAAGGAGAUUCUAAUUUAGCGUUUCCUUGCCACGAUGAGGGUAUGUUCCCCGAUCCAUACGAUUGCCACAAAUAUCAUUUUUGCGUAAAAGACGGUGAAGGAAAUUUGGUGCAUUACCCCGCAACGUGCAGUAAAGGAUAUGGUUAUGAUUACGAUAGACUCGCAUGUACCAAAAAGUUGAGGAACAACGUUUGCGAAGACUGGCCCAUCGAUUUAUGUACAAACUUAGGUGAAACCAAAGCUUUUUCUGCCGAUAAAAGUUACUUUUACGUUUGCGCUGAUUACGACGAAACGAAUAACAUGCUUUACCCCCAUUUGUAUGUUUGUCCAAAUGGUGGCUCUUAUGACAAUUAUAAAUGCAGUACUACUAUAAUAACAAGUACUGAAUCUACCCCUCCUAGUAUUUACUAUUAGAGUAUAAACUCAAAUUAAAAAGAUAAAUUUAUUUUUAUUAUCACUUGUAAAACAUUUUAAUAAAAAUAUUAAAUAUAAAAUUA